UGCCCUAUUGUUAAUGCGAUUGAGGACUUGGUCGUUGCCAACUACUACAAGCAGGACCACAUAUUUGCGGUAAGAACUACACCCUUUGAUCUCUGGUCUUCUCUCUUGCUGAUUUUCCACCAAAUCGUUUCUGUUCAGCCCCAAUUCAGUUUUUAGACAGAAAAACAUGGCUGCAAGUUCUGCAGCUGCCAUCCUGAUCCCUGCUGCUCAGACAAUCCUGGGUGGCUUGAUUCCACUUGUAACCCAGCAGAUUAACCUGGCAUGGGGUUUCAAAGAAGACCUCAGAAAGCUCCAAAGAAGAUUGGAGAACAUCGAAGCUCUGCUGCGUGAUGCUGAGAAAGGGAGAAUACCAUCAGAAGCCCUGAAAAAGUGGCUGAAAAGUCUCAAGUCGGUAACCUGCGAUGUGGAGAAUGUGCUGGGUGAGUUUGCGUACGAAGCUCUUCGAAAGAAAUUGGAGGUAGGAAGCCGGAAGAGGCACAAGGUACGCAACUUCUUCUCGCCCUCUAAUCCGCUGGCAUUUCGUCUCAAGAUGGCCAAUAGGGUGAACAAUAUCAAUUUUCAAUUGGACGAGAUUUGUAAGGAAGCACGUGAUAUGGGUCUUAGACCUGCGGAGCAACUCAUGAGUGCUUCUGUUCGGCCUAGUGAGCAUAGGCCAACUACACCUUUUGUAGACAAAUCACAUUGCGUGGGGAGGGAUGGUGAUGUGGUAGUAGUAAGAGACAUGUUACUUGGCUCUAAAGAUGAUUUAUCUGUCAUUGCUAUCGUAGGAAUGCCUGGGCUUGGGAAAACAACACUGGCCCAGUUAGUUUACCAUGAUAAGAAGGUUGUGGAGUUUUUUGGUGAUAACAGAAUAUGGAUUUGUGUGUCUAAUGAUUUCACAGAAGAAAGGUUAUUGAAUGAGAUGGGGCAAUAUCUUUUUGGGAUGGAAUCUAAGAUAACAAAUAUUGGAGCAAUAGUAAAAAAGCUUGGAGAAAAACUGAAGGAAAAGAAAUACUUACUCGUACUAGACGAUGUUUGGAAUAGGAUUCCAGAAAUAUGGGAAGAAUUUAGAAGUUCUUUGACAGGUAUAGAGGGCUCCAACGAAAGCAAAAUUAUAGUUACUACCCGUAGUGUGGAUGUGGUAUACGCAAUGCGGGUGCCCCAAUCUCUUACCCAUGCUUUGCAAAAACUGUCAGCUAAUGAUAGUUGGACCAUGUUUAGGGAAAGGGCAUUUGCAAGUGGAGGACCGAUAGAUACUCAAACUCUAGUAGAAAUUGGUGGAAGAAUGGUAGAAAAGUGUAUGGGUGUGCCUUUGGCAAUAAAGUCAUUAGGAGGUUUAUUGUAUGACAAGAAAUCUCUAACAGAAUGGGAGUUCAUUGAGGAGAGUGAAAUAUGGAGAAGUGAGGGUGCAAUUCUUCCAGCAUUAAGGCUUAGUUUCUACCAUUUACCCUUCCCAAGUUUGAAACAAUGUUUUGCUUAUUGUUCUAUUUUUCCAAAGGACCAAUUGCUGAAAAAGGAUGUCCUGAUUCAGCUUUGGGCGAGUCUAGGUUAUCUUCAGUCUCCUCCAAACAGAAAUUUGGAAAUGGAAGAUGUAGGCCAUGAAUAUUUUGAUAUCUUGUUGCGCAAUUCAUUAUUUCAAGAUGUUGUGUUGGAUGAGAAUAAGGAUAUUAUUGCUUGCAAGAUGCAUGAUCUCGUACAUGAUCUUGCUCUAGAUGUUUCAGAGGGUAGUUUUUUGACUUUGGAAGCUAGUGAGGUUAAAGACCAUCCCGAGGUUCAACAUUUGUCAUUGUGUCUCAAGGAAGAAUCAAGGUUAGAAUUUUCAAACGGAACUAUUGGGAAACUGAGGUCACUAUUUGUAACUGGAAAUCUCCCCCCAAAUAAUGGAGAUCUCAAAUCUAUCCGUGCCCUGAGUAUAGUAGAAUCUGAUGGCAAAGAGUUGCCGAGUUCUAUAUGCAAGUUCAUACAUCUAAAAUAUCUUGACCUCUCAAAGUCUUCUUUUGAAAAAGUGCCCAAUUCUAUCACCAAGCUCUAUAAUUUGGAAACACUGAGGUUGCCACCGUCUUCAAAUAUUUUAGAAGAGAUUCAAACAGAAUUUCAUAAGUUGGUUAGCUUGAGACAUCUUUGCAUGAAAGAUGGACAAGCUAGCAGGAAAAUUAUUCCAAGCAUGAUAGGCCGUUUGACUUCUUUGCAGACAUUACCAUUCUUUUUUGUGGGUGAGGACAACGGCCAUAAAAUUGAAGAGCUGGGAAGCUUAAGCAAGCUAAGAGGUAGAUUACGUGUCUAUGAUCUCCAACAUGUGAAAGACAAGGAAGAAGCAGAAAGAGCUAAAAUGUCUGAAAAAUCAAAAGUUACAGAGUUGGAAUUUCAUUGGGAUAGGAACCCUGGAAUGUCGGACAUGAACUACGGGGAUGUGUUGGAAGGACUUAAACCUCACAAGAAUCUUAAGAGUUUAAUUCUCAGAGAUUUCAGAGGAAGAAGAUUGGCAUCAUGGAUGAGGAGUAGAGAUGAUCAGUUGCUUCAUAAUUUAGUGAAGAUCGAAUUAAUUGGCUGCAAAUCAUGUGAAGAUAUCCCAAUACUCGGACACCUUCCGAACCUUGAAGUCGUUGUAAUGGAAAAAUUGGAUAACGUGGAGAUCAUUGGUCCUGAAUUCUAUGGAUUGGAUGAACGAAUUGUUGGUGGUAGUAGUAGUAGUAGUACUGUGGCUGCACCAGCACCAGCAGUAUUUCCGGCAUUGAAAAAACUCACUAUUUGUGGUAUGCGGAAGCUAAAAGAGUGGUCAGAUGUAUCGUCAUUGCCUCCUGCUACCACAAGUAUAAUAGACUUCUUUCCUCGUCUCGAGGAGUUGCAUAUCUGGGAAUGCCCUAACUUGAUCACCAUUCCAGGUCAUGUGUUAUGCAUUCAAAAUUUAGGUAUUGGUACGGAAAGGAUCUCCUUUGAUUUUGUGAAAAUUGUGAAUGGACUCACUAUGACCAUAGUGGUAGAUCCGGAUUCGAAAAAUGUCACUACUCUGAUUGAACAUUUGCUAGAAACAAGCAGCAAGUCCCUAAGAAGUCUGGGAAUAGCGGAUUUGAAGGAGUUGUGUUAUUUACCAAAGCAACUACUAAAAGCUUCCCUUGAGUUUUUAGAAAUAAUUGUGUGCCCUAAACUGAUGUACAUAGGCGAAGAAACAGGAGGGGAAUUCAAGAGCUGCCUAACAUCCCUUGAAGAGCUUUCAAUUCGAACGUGCAUUCAGUUGAGAUGCUUGCCAAAGGGGUUGCUACAACCAACCCUUGUAAGAUUACACCUAUGUUGGUCUUCCAAUUUAUUGGAGGCCAGCCCAGAUGAAUUGUGCAACCUCACGUCCCUUCAGGAUCUGGAAUUGGUCAGCUGUAACUCACGAUGGGUGAGGUGUUGGGAGGAGGGGCAAUUCUGUUUGACCAGUCUUCGUAUGUUGGAUAUAGGUACCUUCUCAGAAGAGCUGGGUUAUUUCCCCUGGCCAAAGGUUGAGUUGGCCAAAGCUCAAAAGCCGCAACAUUACCCAUUCAUGUUCCUAGAAUCUCUUAAGUUAAGGGGAUGGCCAAAGCUCAAGUGCCUUCCCGAUCAACUUCGGCUCCUCACUUCCUUAAGAAAGUUGGUAGUUGAUAAAUUUGGUGGGUUGGAAGCUCUACCGGAGUGGUUGGGUAACUUUUCAUCUCUUGAAUCAUUGAAGCUCCUGGAAUGCCCUAAUCUGACAAGGUUACCCUCACUGGGAAAUUUUCAACUUCUCAAGAAUUUACAAUCUCUGAAGAUAUACUAUUGUUCCCUUCUAACAGAAAGGUGCAAAGAAGGGGGAGAAGAGUGGCACAAGAUUGCUCAUAUUCAGAAGCUCGUGAUACGCGAUUCUGAUUCAGAUUGAUUGGUUUAAUCAUGGCUCCUGGGAAAAAGGCAAUGACAUCAGUUAGGAGAUCCUCUACCCUUUCACCAUCACAAUCGAGCCCAACAUAAAUUGCUGCACCAUCUCAACCCCAGGAUCUUCCACCACAGAAUACUGAUGCUUUGGGUGAUGCAUCAUUUUCUGCACAGUCUAAUGGCACAGGUAGAGAUGCUGCAUGUGUGAGGAAAAUCUUCUCAGUCCGGUGUGCCAGUUGACGGUGGAGGAGAUGUCUAGAGAGGUGCUUGGGAAGAGGAGGGAAACAAACAAACACAUACUUCAUUUAUCCAUCGUGGCAGAUACAUAUCUUUGACGGUUGGUCGACUCUCUCGUGGUAAGUAUGCUUACCUACUUAUUGUUGUGGUAUCGCAUUGCACCCAUCAGAUUAGAAGUGAAAACAGAUAUAGCUCACAACAUUUUGCAUGAUUUAUACCUAAAUACCAUCAAGUAUCGAGAUGUCCCUACUGUACACUAAUGGUUUUCAAGUAUGGCACAGCAUGCCUUGAGAAUUUGGCAGGUCCCUUUGUUUUUAUUGUUUGGUCAGAUCCUGUAAGAUUUUUCUGGACUGAACCCUUUUGUUGUUUUUUGCUGAUGUAUGGGACUAUUUUUUCCAAUAAAGCCAAACAAAUCGCAAAAAGAUGAUGGUGAUGUAUGGCCUCCUUUUUUUUUCUCUCUAUGGUACGUUGUGUUACCACUUCCGUAAUGCUAGAUUACUAUCUCUCUCUCUCUCUCUCUCUCUCUCUCUCUCUCUCCAAUUAGUCAGUGGGUUGAAUAUCUACGAAGUUAUUCCUCAUUGGAGAUUCCCACUGUUUUACUACACUACUGCUUACACGUUAGGUCUCCUUACAUAUCUGCAGAAGAAAAACUUGUUCUCUUUGUCAGAAUUGAUCAAGAGGCUCAGAAUUGAUCAAGAGGCUCCCAAUGGGAUAAAAUGGCUUCCAUAAUUGUCCAGUGGCACAUGUUCAGCAGGUAAGAGGUUAUUGGCACGUACUACAUUUUAUCAUUUACACCGGAAACCUAUGUAAGUAGAUGAAAGACCAUACUUUGUACCUUUUCUCUCUCACAUCUUCCAGGAUCUUUGCCUUGUCCUUUUCUCCCAUGAAUGUUCUGUAAUUUUUUGGCUCGUUUUGGACUUCUCGGCCUCCAUGGUCCGGACUAGCGCUUGUAGGCAGUUUCUGGAGCGAUCUAAUUUUUUGGUCCGGACCAGCGCACACUUGGUCCGGACCAGCAUGCACGUUUCAGCCGAUUUUGGUUAUAUUAUGGACUUCCUAAAGAAUGAUUUUGGAGUUUCUUUUUUGGUUUUAGUCUCUAUAUGCAAAGGAAAUAUAAUCUGGCAAGGAUUCUGGCUUUAGGAAGCAAUCUGUGGCUAUAAAUAUAGCUUUGCUCUCUCAUUAGGAUUUGGACUUCUUGAGUGAAUCCCUUUGAGAGGCCCCUAGGGGGUCUCAUCGGUAGAACCUUAGGGUUCGUCUGGAAGAUCUUCAUCUGUUUCUGGUUGCCCCUUCUUUGGUGGGUUCUGUAGGUCUCCGGCCGUCUGGAAGAUCAUCUGUUUCGGCGAUUCUUUCUGGUUGAAACCGUAGGGUUUCUUGAGAAUCACUUGUUUCUGUGUGGCAUCCGGUCACAUCUGUGGAACUUUGUUCCGUCUGUGUCUCUUGGUUAAAAAACCUAGGGGUUUUGUGAGACUUGAUGAGAGAGAAUCUAUAUUUGGUGAGAGAUUCUAAUCUGGUUUUUUAUUUGGUGAAAGAACUUGUAUUUUGGAGUUGGAAUCGUCUCUCGUUCGCUUGCCCGUGGAGUAGGUUUACAGCCGUAAACCGAACCACGUAUACCCUGGUCUCUCUUAUUUGUUUUUUUUUUUGUUUGGUUUGGUUUCUCUGUUGAUUUUCGCAUAUGUUUUGUUUGGUUAUUUUCAAUAUCAUAAACAUCAAUAAUCGUCGGGUUGCGGUUGGGUUCAAGGGGGGCUCGCUGCACAACAAACUGGUAUCAGAGCUUAGGUUCUGACCUAGGCAUCCGUUUCGUUCCGCUGCUAAGUUUUGGUAGAUUAUUGGUGGUUUAUGGAUAUUUGGGAGAAGUUGGUUUCGGUGGAGAAACUUGGAGAUGAAGAUUCUUGGUUUUAUGUUUUUGGGCUCAUCAUCAGUCUGCCGUUCAAAUGAACGGAUUGGAAUUUUGGGAUUUGACUAUGAAGAUGUUCUUAUGGGUACUGGCCAGGCUUAUGAGAUGUUGGAGAUAGGAAAAUUCUUUUGGAGUUGGAUGAUGCAACCGUCCGUGUUCGAUGAUUAUCGGACUUGGUGGAGAAUCUCAUCAAUUUGGAAGGUAAUUUGGUUUAUUCGUUUUGGAUUUAUCUCUUUGGUUAUUAGUUUUGGAAAUUUGCACGGGCUUGUGAAUUUGGUGGAGAUAAAUCACUUGGAUAUGUUUUUUGGUACUGCUGAUAGUUUAGUAAUUAGUUUGAGCGCCUUGGGCGUUUUGUGGCAUCCUUUCAAAGACGAUUUGGUUUCAUUACUUUUGGGUGUCUUGGGUUUGCUGUCUGGAUUGUUGGGUUUUGGGCAUCUUGUAGUAUCACUCGAAGAUGUUUUGGAAUUAGAUUAUAUGACUGGAACUUGUCUGCCACUUUCGAAUUUGGUUGCGCACUUAUUUUUGGGAUUGGUUUGUAUUUUGAAGUUUGCUCGAUUCUUCAAAAUUUGACUCUUUUAGGUUAAACUGAAGUUAUGUUCCAGUACUUCAGAAUUUGGUUAGAGCUUGUUUGAUCAGCAGUUAAUCUGGUUUGGUUUGUAGAGAGCUUGAUUAGGGUUUUUUGGCUCGCUCUCUAGCCCGUGGUUUGUUUUGGUUGGAAGCUCGGUUCAUGAUUUUGUUCGCUCUCUAAGUUUGGGUAUUUGUUUGGCUCUUUCUGUGUGACUCGAGCUUUGGAUGAAGAGCACUCUGUUUGGUUGGUAGAAUCUGGUUUUGGCUCGAUAUAUCUCAAGCGUUUGUUUGUUUGGUGAAAGCUUGGUUGCUUCCGUAUCUGAAGAUUGGUUUGGGUUGGCUCGAUGCAUCUUGGGCAUUGGAUUUGAGUACUUGACUUUGGUUUGAUAUGUCUCAAGCAUUCGGCUUGGGUUGUGUGGAUUGGUUCAUGUGACUCGAUCACUUGGUUGUUUUGCAAUUCACUUGUCUUCGGUUAAUCGGCUUUGUUGGAGCUUAGAGUUUGAUUAUCGAGCAUUUGUUUCGCGUGCAAUUUGUUGGUAUUGUUUUGGAUUCGCAUGGGGAUUGGACAUCUUGCCAAGGUGGAGAUUUGUGGGAUUUCGAUUGGUAUGCUAUUAUUGGUACGGUACCUGGAUAUCUCGCCAAGGUGGAGAUUUGUAAUUUUUUGGCUCGUCUUGGACUUCUCGGCCUCCAUGGUCCGGACCAGCGCUUGUAGGCGGUUUCUGGAGCGAUCUAAUUUUUUGGUCCGGACCAGCAUGCGCAUUUAAGCCGAUUUUGGUUAUAUUAUGGACUUCCUAAAGAAUGAUUUUGGAGUUUCCUUUUUGGUUUUAGUCUCUAUAUGCAAAGGAAAUAUAAUCUGGCAAGGAUUCUGGCUUUAGGAAGCAAUCUGUGGCUAUAAAUAUAGUCUUGCUCUCUCAUUAGGAUUUGGACUUCUUGAGUGAAUCCCUUUGAGAGGCCCCUAGGGGGUCUCAUCUGUAGAACCUUAGGGUUCGUCUGGAAGAUCUUCAUAUGUUUCUGGUUGCCCCUUCUUUGGUGGGUUCUGUAGGUCUCUAGCCGUCUGGAAGAUCAUCUGUUACGGCGAUUCUUUCUGGUUGAAACUGUAGGGUUUCUUAAGAAUCAUUUGUUUCUGUGUGGCAUCCGGUCACAUCUGUGGACCUUUGUUCCGUCUGUCUCUUGGUUAAAAAACCGAGGGGUUUUGUGAGACUUAAUGAGAGAGAAUCUGUAUUUGGUGAGAGAUUCCAAUCGGGUAUUUUAUUUGGUGAGAGAACUUGUAUUUUGGAGUUGGAAUCGCUUCUCGUUCGCUUGCCCGUGGAGCAGGUUUAUAGCCGUAAACCGAACCACGUAUAUCCUGGUCUGUCUUUUUUUUUUUUGUUUGGUUUGGUUUCUUUGUUGAUUUUCGCAUAUGUUUUGUUUGGUUAUUUUCAAUAUCAUGAACAUCAAUAAUCGUCAGGUUGCGGUUGGGUCCUAGGGGGGCUUGCCGCACAACAUGUUCUGGUUUUCUUUGAAUGACUAUUUGCAUUCGAUGUCAUUUGUAGGCUCAAUAAAUUCUUGUUGUGCUGCCAUACAUGUUUCCUGAGCUUGAAGCUCCGGUUCCAGGCAGCAUCGCAGAUUGCAAUUGUAGGGCAAUCCAAGCCAUCUUCCAAAUUAACUAGGAAGCAAUCCAUAUUCUAAUAUCAUUGAUUGCUGUGGUCAAUAAUGAAAUCCACGCGUUUCAAUUUUCCGUAUCUUCCCAAUUGUUGUGAUCACCAAGGGUGCAAUAACCUGACAAGGGUUCUCUGUUUAUAUUCUCGUGUCCAAAGAAACGAUGCAAAGAAGAAAGGGAAAAAGAGUGGUACGAGAUUGCUCACAUUCCAUCGCUCAAAAUAUCCGAUAAAUGUCAACACAUGAUGCGUUGGGCUUUCAGAUCUCGCUACCUGUGCAACGGUUCCCUCCCUCUGCAACUCUGUUGUGUCAAGAUAACCGUUAAAAGCGUCCUGCCAACCAUCUGUUUGAUUUAUGGCACAUCUGAUGACAAUGGAAGGAAAAUGGUUCUGAAACCACGUGAAAUAACUCCGUCAAAGAAAAAGAAUGUUUGGAAUGCAAAGCUAAAAAUGUGGAAUUCACGACAUCAUUUAGGUUCUCAAAAGGCUUGGUCUACAUUUUUCUGCGCAAAGAUUUUUCGUUAGCCCUGAAUUCCAUCCCGGCUUGGUUCAAAUUGUUUAGCAGUUUUUCCCUUCUGCUUUACUUUAAAUUUUCCAGAGAUAAUAAUCUUGCAACGUCAGUGUGCAGUUGUUUGCUCAACUGGAAGUUGAUCAGAAACGAUUUUGCAAAAAGGUAGAGAUUUUGGUCCAGGACUUCAAUGUCUAAUCUCCCCCUAAUGAGGCAGCGAAUAUUGCAUUAUAGCAGGUUUUUGGUUCCAGUUCCAACUAAUUUGUGUUUAUUCUUGUUCCUUAUAUGAAUGCUCGUCUUCAUUCAUGACAUAAAUAUAAUUUAUAUAUGGUUAUGUCUUAUUACUUGCACAUUUACUCGGAAACAACCUCUUCGCAUGCAGGGAUAAAGGACCCAUACAUCUGAAGUUAACAUUGCAGAGGAGCCUACGGACUCUCACAUGUUAGGCUUUGAAAGCUUUCAUAGAGAUUAUGAAGCAAAACCUGGCAACUCAGCUUCAUAUCAUUCAAGAGUCCAGAAGAUAUUUCGGAUAGCCUAAGGAAACUUGAUUGGUUGAUAGAGAAAAGCAGCGGCUACAGAUUUUUCUGUUUCCAGCUUGCUUACGCACCGUACUUUACUCCUUUCCCCACAACAAGCAGAAUCGGGGAAUUAUCAGGGGAUUACAACCAUAGCACCUCAGAAAUAGAGUUGAGUCAUGUGUACAUCCUAGCAUUUUGUUUUCGAUCGGAAACCUUUAACGUGGUAGAGAUCUUGUACGUGCACCAGUUACAUUUUCUUUUGGGUGGAAUUUCUCUCUCAAUUUAGCAUUCUCAAAUUCUGUCCAUACAAAACACUUUCGAUGUACACAUUGUAUUCGCUGAAUAGGGCUCCAAGUGCAUUUUUUGA